AUGUAAAUUGAAUCCCAUUUUCUUGUUCAUUUAAAUGAAGAUGAGGAAAUACCUCUUACUAUGGUAGUUAAUGAAAAAGAAACCAAAUAAUAAUUACUCUAUCCUUUUUCAACUGAGUUUACUUAAUUAAUUAAUUAUAUUUCUGAUAGAAAAAAAAAAUAAUUACAAGAUGAAAUUAAUAAAAGAUUGGCUUGUUUAGAUUUUAUAGAUAAAUAUGAACUUUAAAAUACUUAGACGUUAGAUUAAGUACAAGGUUUUGAUUUUAGGGGUAUAAAAAGUUAAAAAACUGAAUUUCUAAAUGAUUAUUUGCCUGAUUUUAUUUAUGGAGGCUAGUCUCUUAUGAAAGAUAAAACAGAUUUUAAUUUUAAAAAAUAUAUUGAGAAUGAAAUUUUAACAAAUAAAACAACUCGUAUAAAUGUUGGGUAAUAAGGACAGGAAAAUAUUAAAUAUAAUGUAGCAAUAUUAAUAUAUUAAGGGGAACCAUUAAAUGAACUCAAUGAGUCAAUUUCUCAUUUUAAGAAUGAGAAAAUAAUUCCAAUAAUAAUAAUAACAAGUAGAAGGCAUUUCAAAUAAUUAUUUUAAGAAAUAAAUAAAGAAAUUUAUACAAACUUUUAUUUACCAAUCUAUAAAGUAUAAACUUUAUCUCAAAAUUAUGCUUACUUCUUAGAGGAAAAAAAAAAUAAUUUAAAUGAUCUCCCAUCCUUUUUUUUUGCAUUUUUUGCAGAAAUUGAUAGAAUUUAAUUGAUUAGAUGGAUAUAUUUGGGAAUAUUGAAUUUUAUAGACCCAGAACAUGUUGUGAUCUCUAAUAGCAACUUAAAAUUCAACUAAUCCCUUAUGGUACUGUUUUAACUUUUUGAGAAAUUAAAAAUAUUUGGCAUUUCUUGGAAUAAUAAAAUAAUUUAAAAAAACAAAUACAAUUUACUUUGUUAAUAUACAUAAAUUCCUUAAAAUAUCAUUACUUCUCAUUCCAUAUUUAAAAUAAAGUAAUUUCAUGAUCCUCUUUAAUGCAUAUAUAAAUGGAGUCUGAUUGAUAGUCAUGUAUCACAAUAUUAUAGUUUACUAAAAAGAACUUUAAAAACUAAUUUAGAUGGUCUAGGAUUAAAUUCUAUUUUACCUAAAUUUAUGUUAGGAUAACAAGAUUAAUUGGAAUUGUUAUUCAUAAACCAGCAAAUAACAAAUUCGAAAUCUACUCUUUCAGAAUAUGCCUUAAUUGAUCAUUUUAUUGAAAUCAGACAGAAUAUUAACAAUCAAAUGAAAAAUAAUGAAAUUAUUUCUAACGAUUGGAUUAUUUAUACAAGUUGCAUCUUAUAAAAUAUUUUUAACAAAUUUUAAUUGAUUUAAAGUUACUUUGGAAUUUCAGUUUGUAAAUUAGUAUUAUUAAAUUAGGCUUCUUUUUUUCCUUUCACAGUUCUUACUAAUUACUCUAUAAUAUUACAGAUGUGUCACUUGGUUAUACUGCUUUAGCUAUUAUAGUACCAUUAUUUUAUUCUUUAAAUGUUUUAUUAUAUACUCUUAUUUCUAAUUUAUAUCACUCAAAAGAAAAAAUAUAAAGUAAGAAUAAAAAUAACACCAUUUAUUAUAGAAUGAAUUAUAUCAAUUAAGGUAAAAUCAAAAUUAAUGUCUGUGAUAAAUACAAAACAGAAAAUUUAAAAAUAUAAGAAAUUAUUUCUCCAGAAAAAAGUUUAAUUAAUUUUCAAAUAGAAGCUGAAUAAGAUGAUUUGAUUUUUGACUUAUAACAUAAAAUGCCUGAAAAUUAAGAGAAAAAUUAGGAAAUAUUCUUUAUGGCUUUAAUCCCUUAAUACCAAAAAAUUGAUCUUGUAUUUAAUAUUUUCAUUAAAAAUUAAAAGAUUUUAGAUUUUGCAGUUUUUUUAUUCACUGUCAUCAACCUUUUCAUCUCAUAUGGAGAAAAUCUUUGGAAUGUUUCAAUUGUUUAUUAGACUGUAAUUAUUAUAUUUGCUAUUAUCUUCAUUUUUAUUGAAUGCCUAUUAAAAAAAUUAAGUCUGUUAUCUUAUACUUAUAAUUUUACCUUAUUAACAUACUUAUGGUAAAUCUAGAAUAUUUAUAGUAAAAAAUAUUCAGCAGAAGUUCAAUUAAUGAAGAAAAAGUAAUUAGCUGAAUAGUUAUUGAUUAAUGCUUUGAUUUUUUAUUGCUUUAUAGCUGUUGAGUCUUAUUUUAAUUAUUCAGGAUAUGUUUUUGUUGGAAUAUUAGGUUACUAAUUAUUUGUCUCAAUUAUUUCGGGGUUAUUGUAUUUAAAGGUUUGUACUUAAAAGAAUGUCAAAUUAGAUGAGUAAGCAAUUUAAUAAAACAGCAAUUAACAGAAGAAUAAUAACAUGAAUAAUUAAAAAUAAUAUCCCCUUAGUUUUAAUUAAUAAUAUCGUGAAAUUAUUUUGUAAAAAGCAAGAUUUUUAGUUUAAUUAUCAAAAUAUGACAGAGAAAAAAAAUAAAAAAAUAUGUUGGAAUAAAAUGUUGAAGGAUCUCAAUAAGUGUAAUAAUAAUAAUAAUAGGAAGAAUAACCCUAAUAAGAAUAGUAAUAAUUUUAAUCAUAAUAGUAAUAAUAACAGUAAUAAUAAUAUAAAUAAUAAUAUUAAUAACAGUAAUAAUAAUAUUAAUAAUAAUAUUAAUAAUAAUAAUAUUAAUAAUAAUAAUAAUAAUAAUAAUAAUCAAAGUCAUAGCAAGCACAACCAAGUUCAAGAUUUAAAGACUAAUAACCCUAGUAGAAUAAAAAAAACUAAAGCUUGUUAUAAUAAUAAUGUAAUGAUUAAUCGAUUUUUGAUCCAAAUUCCGAAAGAAAUUCAAAUAUUUCUAAAGAAUAUUUAUUAGAAUCAUAAUUUGUAUAGAAUCAAAGUGCUCAGCAAUCGAAAUUUAAUUAAGAUAAAUGA